AUGGCAACUGAAGUAAAGAAAUCAAUCUUCCAGGAAGUAGCAGCUACGAAAUUCUACACGGUGAUUGUUGAUGAGUGUAAAGAUGUAUGUAACUUUGAAAAACUCAGUUUCUGUGUUAGGUAUUCCAUUGGAUCCAAGCCCAUUGAAAGAUUUGUUCAAAUUGUUCACUUAUCUGAGGGUUCUUAUGGUGCUAAAGCUAUUGUAAAAGAAGUGGAGAAGCUUGUUACAGAAUUGAUAGGCUUUGGGUGCAUGUUGACUGGCCUUGGUGCUGAUGGGGCUUCUGUGAUAUCUGGUGAAUGGACUGGUGUGCAAGCAUUGCUAAAGCAGAUAUUCCCAUGGCUUAUUUACGUUCAUUGUGUUACCCACCGAUUGAACCUUGUUGUUGUGGCUUCAUUGAAAGGGACAUGUAAAACCAUUCUCACCCUUGUUGAUAAGUUGCAUUCAUUAUUUAGUUCUGCAAAGACAAAUUAUGUUUUUAUGAAGGUUCAGCCAGAAACCAAAGUCAACGUUAUGGCUAUGGCUAAUGAUGUGGCAACAAAUCCUGGUCCUCGUUCUUCUAUCGAGUGUUUAUACCUGAACUCAAGAAGUCUUAAUGCAUUUGUUGAAAUGGAUGACAAACCCUCCGAAGUCUGCAAAAUAGACGUAUUUCAACAAUUAGUCUAUAGCAGUGACUAUGUUGUUUGUGUUUCCGAAACCUGGCUCAACAACUCGGUCCUUGACAGUGAACUGUUGUGCCUCCGAGUUAAAGAACGAAGUGUCAACCAAACUAGACGAUUAUUAUACAGAUAUUUAUUCGGCCAGUUGGUGAAAAACUAA